AUGGAGGGAGAUCUCCCGUCCAUUCCCUCACGACCUAAGGGUUUGACGAAAUCGAACUCAAGCGCAUCCUUCGGCGGUGGCUCUGCAAAGUCCGUAUCAGUACUGGGGACGCAUCCUCUGGGCACUCUUCAUGUUCAUCAAGCCAGCGAGACACCUCAUGAGCAACAAGAUGAUGAUGGCCCUCCGCCCUUGGAUCCUCCCUCAGGACAGAGUGAGAAUGCUCUGAUCAAGACCUCUCAACAUGGCCCAAGCUGGGAACCCUUGACACACAGCAUGGGAGGCGGAGAUGUGGUACUCAUAUUGGACUUGCCCGACGUCUUCACGGUUGGCUACGACUCAAUAUCAUUCACAGCUAAGCACUUUGGUGGCGUCAGGGAUAUACCACCAGGCGCUCACUUCUUCUGGGUUGCUCACCCAGGAGGCCUUUCUGCCCGGUGUGGUUUCUGGAUUGUAACGAAUAGUGCCGACACUGUCCAUGUUAUGCAGUGGGAUCGGUACAAUGAGGUUCUGGGUGACUCAGCCCGUGCUGAAGCCCGCAUCCAAGCCCAUAAUCUCGACACCAUUCACUCAAAACUUGUCCCUUAUCAAGACCCAAGUGCAGUAAACGCCGCCAACGGUGAACUUACUCAGGCUACCUCACACAAAAAUCUCAACAUGUGGGAGCAGUUGACUAGCAAGAUCACAGAGAGUCUUCUCAAUCGAGUGACGGGGCAGAAUCACGAUAACUGGACGGUACAUACCGGCGAUCGUGUCAAAGGGUCGAUACUCAUGGCUGGUGAGAUGGAACUUGACAACUCAAUCUCAAACCCUUUGCUCAAGGCCCGCGAGCUCAACUUCGCCUUCAGCCAACGAACCAAAACAUACUCGACAGACAAUACCGGAGCCGACCGAACCUUAAGAGCCACGGAUGCAACUCCUUAUAUAUUGUCGCAGGUUGAUACUUCUGAUAACGAUCUGAGCCCUGACGACGUUAUCGGUGAAUUCCAGUUCUCUUUCGUUGUAGGUGUCCACCUUGGUAACGAUUCAUGCAUCCAGCAAUGGUGGCAUAUGUUGCUGAAGAUCUUUCUCCGUGCUCAUCUCCUCCCCCUCCGUCUACCGUCUCUCGCAGCCGCAUUCAUUCGCACCUUGACGGCCCAGCUCACGUACAGCGCCUCCUGGCUUGAAGGUUCAAUUCUUGAUACUGCAGAGUCACAAACCAAAGAUCUUCGACUUUCACUCACUGUCUACAAAAGACGCCUGGAUGAAUUUCUGCAAGGCUUGGGGAACAAUGCCACAUCUGAGCAAUUGGCUGUUGCUACAGCUUUCGCAGGACUUGAGGCUGUUGUGACUGGUACACUGGAUUGGGACCUUCGCGGAGACUAUCUACGCCGAGGGAGAGUCAUGAUGGAAGAUGGCGAGGAAAUCGAGCUGGAGGUUGCUGACCUGGCAGCCGAAGAUGAGCGUGGAGAGUGGGCACCAGAGAUUGUUGACCUGGAUGAGUCUGGACGGCAACGCGACCUUGUCUCGUGGAACGACUAG